AUGAAAUUCGGAUUCUCGGUCGUUUUUUCCCUGCUCGCGGUGGUGUCCGCACGUAAGUGCGGCACCCCGGAGCCAACUAAGGAGCAGCUCCAGGUCAGCGCACAGAUGGCUAUUGAGGCGUUGGAAAGUCCAAACUCAUUCUCAGCUGCUGCGGUUGUCACUAUUCCGACAUACUUCCACGUUCUGAGAUCCGGCACCAGCGUAUCCCAAGGAAACAUCCCUGAUUCUGCGCUCCAGGAGCAGUUGAAUGUCUUGAACGAGGAUUACGCUUCUACUGGCUUCCAGUUCAGCCUUCUUGGAAUAACCCGCACAACCAACUCUGCCUGGUACAAUGACCAGAACGAAGCCGCAAUGAAGCAGUCUCUUCGCAAGGGAGAUUACAAGACUCUCAAUGUCUACUUCCAGAACCUAGGAGAUGGUCUUCUCGGGUACUGCUACUUCCCUGAGACCGAGACUUCCAGCUCCCUCUUGUAUGAUGGUUGUUCCAUCUUGUCUACUUCUGUUCCGGGAGGAAGUGCCACUGGUUAUGAUUUGGGACGUACGGCUACACACGAAAUUGGGCAUUGGUUUGGUCUUUACCACACUUUCCAGGGUGGAUGCUCUGGCGGUGACUCUGUCUCCGACACUGCUGCUGAAGCUUCUGCUACGAGCGGAUGCCCGACCUCCAAGGACACUUGCACAGGUUCUUCCUACCCUGGUGUCGAUCCUAUCCACAACUACAUGGACUACUCUACCGAUGUCUGCAUGUACGAAUUCACACCUGGACAGGCCACUAGAAUGCUGCAACAGUACAACAGGUACAGAGCUUAG